AUGGCUCCCCGCUGCUUCAUAGUCCGCCACGGCGAAACAGAAUGGUCCCUAAACGGCCGCCACACAGGAACAACCGACCUGCCCCUCACAGCAAACGGCGAGAAGCGCGUCAAAGCAACCGGAAAAGCCCUAGUCGGCAACGACCGACUAAUUGUUCCAAAGAACUUGGUUCACGUCUACGUAUCCCCCCGCACCCGCGCCCAACGAACCCUCGAACUCCUCGAACUAGGCUGUCGUGAACGUCUCCCCUGGACCGAAUCCCGACAGGCAGAAGCAGACGAGCCGAUUCGGACAGAGGCCAAGGUUGAGAUCACGGAUGCGGUGCGCGAGUGGGAUUAUGGUGACUAUGAGGGCUUGACGAGUAAGCAGAUCAAGGCCCAGCGGGAGAAGGACGGGGAGAAGGCUUGGAAUAUUUGGACGGACGGGUGUCCUGGCGGCGAAUCCCCGGACGACGUCGUCAAGCGCCUUGACGCUGUCAUUGCUGAUAUCAAGGAGAAAUAUCACCGGCCCUGUCUUGAGGGGUCGGAGUCUGCAAAGGGCGACGUCCUGGUCGUUGCGCAUGGACAUAUCCUCCGCGCGUUUGCGAUGCGGUGGAUCGGGAAGCCUUUGACGGAGACGUCGUUGAUUCUGGAUGCCGGGGGUGUGGGAACGUUGAGCUACGAACAUAAUAACAUCGACGAGCCGGCUAUAAUUCUCGGUGGAGGGUUUGUGGUCGAGUAA